ACCAAACAUUGCCCAAAAGAUGGAUGCUAUUUAUGUGAAGCUUCUGAUGUGCCGUUGCCUGGUGAAUCGAGCUGACUGGGGUCUGGUCAUUGGCUGCAUAAAUGUAGUCUACUCUAUCUUUCUGCUUAACUUCUGGCUAGUGGAGCUUUUCCGGUCUCAACAUGACUAUCCCGUCAAGUGGGUGCUGCUGUAUGGCUUCAAUAUCAUGUUCAAUGUGAUCACCAUGAUGAGGAUCGUGAAGCGGGAGACCAUUUCGGUCUUCUACUGGUUCUGCGAGACGGCAGCCCUGCUCCUGUUUCGCAUCCACUUUACUUAUGUGGAAAGCGACUUCUUCUGGCUGACAUACAGCAUCUGGUUCCUGCCCAUCAAUCUUCCAUUGGAUACUUACAUUUCCCUGUCGCUGCUGGCCAUAGUCUAUGUAGUGUGCGGCCUGCAUCUGGAGCCGGAGCGACAGUUUCCCAAGGAACUAAUGCGGAAUGAUUACAAGUAUGAUCCGGAGGCGGAGGCGGCUGCAGCCAAGAAAGCAGCUCGGGACAAGCAGGAUAGACUGGAGAGGCACAGGGAGCGCGAACUGAGCAAACAAAAGGAGCUGGUGGCUGAGCCUCCUGCCCCAAGUGCCACUCCGGACGCCGAGAACGUGAGCCCACACAGCCAGGAUGACAAUAACACCGAUGAGUACGAUAAUUUUAUAGAAAUAUCCUUUGAGGAAUAG